UUAAUUGAGAAUAACUAUAUAGUUACAUAUUCAAAAUUCAUAACAAUUUUAUAUAUUUACGUUUAUGUGAAAAUAAUAAAUCGAAAUGGACUAUUUGAAAUUUGACAUAUUGAUAGUUUGCAAAAAUGGGCUACUGGUAAUGUAGGGCCCAGUUUUGUUAGCAAAACAUUUCCCUGUUUAUAAAAGGCCCAGUUAUGAAAUGGCGGAUAGCAUUGUAUUUGACAAGUAGAUUUGUGAAUUAAAAUCGCGUUAAAAGCACUAAUAACUUUAACUUAAAUGCUUCAUUAUUUUAUAAUACGUAAUAUAUCGAUUUUUUUAAGUGUAAAAUAUCUAAAAGUUAUUUUAACAUGGGGUGAAUUACCGAUGAAUACCUUAAAAGCUUUGUUGUGUGUUGUGAAUUUUUAAGACAACAAAACUAGGAAAAGCGUUAAUGUGCUGUAGUUAUUUACGUAAUGGAAAUAGACGUUACACCAGAUGGUAUUUCAGAAUAUAAUACAGGUAACUCGAGUCAAAGCGAAGACGAAAAUGCCGAAAUUUCAAGUGCCAAUCAACAAAAUGUAAGCAAUAACAACGACACUUCCGCAGAUCGUACCAGAGCUAGUACUAGUAGAAGGAAAACAAUUAAACAUGCACUUCGACAACAAGCUAAGCGUAGAAGGAAAAAUACAACUAUAGCUUCUGGAAAUACAAAUUCUGUACCCCGAAUAAUAGUUAAACCUCUACCUCCACAAGCAGUUGAAGAACCAACUGUAACCAUAGUGCCUACGACAAGAACGCCAACGAUGAAAGAAGUACUAGCCUCAAUCCCUGGAUUCACAAAGAAACCCAGAAAACGAUCUAACAAAAAAUUAUCACAAGCUGCUCAACUUGAACAAACCAAAGAAGGUUGCAUUGACUUGGAGACGCCUGAUUCGAUAUUAGUCAAUACAAAUUUGCGCCAUUUGCUUAACAAAGCAACAUUUGCAGCUCUACCUACUCUAUAUCAAAACAAAUUGGUUCAAUUAUUACCCAGUGUUGAUAGAAACAUUGUAAAUAAUGAUCCAAAUAGUGUAGAUAUGAGUAAUUCAGGAUUAAAUAAUGAAUUUUUUGCUAGAGCCUGCCUUGAAUGGCAAGAUAGAUUAGCUGAAGGUGAAUUCACGCCAGAAAAUCAACAAAAACUUAAACUAGAAGCCGAUAAAGAAAGAAAUAAGGUUGAUCCUUGGAAACUGAAACAUUUUGAACCAAUUUGGGGAGAUAGAUCUUUUGCAGCUGAUUCUCUUGUAACCACUAGUGUAAAUAGUACCACACAUAGUACACCACGUCCACCUAUCAAGACAACAAUAAAACUAAGGCCUUCUACUACUAAUAUGACCAAACAAAGUAAAAAUUCCGCAGCUCCUCCUGUUAAAAGAUUGAGAACAGUUGGUGCAAUGACUCGCUCAUGUACCAGUAUGAAAUUUUCAGAUUUAAACCCUGUAGAAAGCAAAUCUCCAAUUCCUGACUUGUUGCCUAUAAAACAAUUAAAACAAGUACAUAAGGAAGAAAAUCGACUAAAGUCUGAAAAUACAUUUAAAGUAGAUGUCGACACAUCAACAGUUAGUCAUAAUCUUGUAGAGCUCCAAGAAAAAUGUAUUGUUAAUAUAAGUGAUACUAUUUUAGAAAAUAAUCAAGAGACAAUCAUUAUAUGUUCUUCAAAGCCUGAGAAAAGACGCAGGUCGCCUAGUACUGACUCAGAAGGAAGAUCUCCAAAAACAUUUACUGUUUAUCUAGCUGCAGACCAUCUAGAUCCCAUAGGACCCAGUGAAAAUGAAAAAGAUGUGUUAGAAGAAAGCCAUGAUCAGUUAGCAGAUGAUGGUAGCGAUGAUGAAAAAGCCAGUGAAACAAUGUCUGAAAAUUUGGAAGAAGAUAGGUACAACUAUGACAAAGAUAGUAGACAUAUUGAUGAAAAUAGCAGCAGUUCCAGUAGUAUUGUCACUCAUAAUAUAGAGGAAAUUUCUAGUAAUGAGACGAUAGAGACUGUGGAUUCUCUGCAACUCCAUAUUGAUUACAAGGAGGAAGAUCAUAAUCAAACUGAUGAAACAUCUUCAACUACUUCUACAACUGAACAUGAAGAUCAAGAAGAACAGGAGGAUCCUCUGGCACCCACACCGGACUUAUCAGAUGUUGCACCAAUGGAUACUGACCCUUUACAAAUUACUGAAGAUGAUAGUGAAUGUCAUAUAGUUACAGAUAAUUUAAAAAUCACUCACAUUGAAGAUAAAGAACCAUAUGGUCUCGUAGUAGAACAAAUCGAUUCACAAGAUAUCACCCUAAUACAAACUUUAGAAGACAACGAUGUCAAAUCCGAAGUAGAUAUUAACAAAGAUCAUCCUGUAGAGUCUCCAGAACCAGUUGAAAACUUGGAUCUUAUAGAAUCUAUAGGUCAACAACCUGAAAUACCUGAAACCUUUCAGCCUUUACCGAAUACAUUAAUCCUACAAGAAGAAAAACCGCCUUGUUCGGAACCUGCUGAAAAUGAUAAUAAUGUAGUGGAAACAGGUGACGCUUUAGUCGAACCUAAUGAAAGUAUUGUGGAUUUUGCGGAAAAGUUAGGAGCUAGUGUUGAGGAAUGUGAUUUAGUAAUGGCUCAAUUAUCAGAAACUAACUUUCAAACUGUGAGGACUGAUGAAGAAGACAGAUUUAUUGAUGCGGAAAAUUAUGUUCUGGAAUCGGGGCAGCUAACUGUUGUUCAAACAGAUAAAGGAGUAAAAGAAGAAAGCAGUGCGGUGGAUAUACAAGCCACUCUCUUUGGAGAAACCACCGUACCAGCGCCAGACAAGUGUUGUUGGGCUAUGGUGGAUAACAGGACAGAAAAGUUAAUGCAAGUACCGCCUUUACAUAAUAUGGAAGCGGCAACCGUUGCUGCUCAAACGCCGCCAGAAAAAAGUUUUACUGAAAAACAAAUAGACGAACACGUUCAGGUGAUUCCCAUGCAGGAAGAAUUGGAAGUUAAGUUAGAACAGGGGAGAUUUCCUGUAGUUGUAAACGAUUGGAGAUAUGAUGUCAACAUGGAUUCGGAUAUGGUAGAAGCUGCACUUGGGACUGCUGGUGAGGAGAAUAAUGAAAAAGAAACUCCAAAACAGUCUGCUAAUUAUCAAGAAUAUAGUGGGAAUCAAGUAAAACUUGAAUUGGAAGUCACGUUAACACCAGAAAUAGUUAAUACUCAAGCAGUCACUAAAGUAGAGAAUACUACUAGUACUACAUCACCUUCGAAUGUAACUUCACCUGUAACCAAAGUACCCCUAACGACAGUAAUUCCCCCGAACGUUAUGCCCCCAACAGUUAUUCCCCCUACUACGAUAGUAUGUCUACCUUCCGUCGUGACAACGGCUCCUAUAGUCAACAACAAUCCAAACGGUACAAUUAUAAACGAAGCUACACAAUGCGCCGCCGUUCCACGUCCAGGACCGGUGCAAAGCUCCAGUUCUGUUCCUUAUUUAGCACUGAGCACAAGUCAACCUGUCAGAGCGGUAUCUACUCACACUAAAGUCAAACCAAAGAAUUCUCAAGGAGCAGGAAAUAGAAAUAGGAGUAACAGUAAACCGCCUCCAGGUGCGGUAAAUUUGGAAAGAAGUUAUCAGAUAUGUCAGGCUGUGAUUCAGAAUAGUCCAAAUAGAGACCAGUUGAGAUGUCAGUUGAAACCUCCUCCGAGUCUGUUGGCCGCCGCGCAGGCCAACAACAUGAAAAAGAAUGAAAACAACAGGCAAUCUUUCAACAGGCAACCGCAGCAGUUUGCGCCUAUACGAGGCGCAACUAUCAACAAAACAUUCACGCCUCCAUUACCCGCACCCAGCAACAAUAACUAUCAGAUGGUUCAAGGUAGUAAUGGUAUCAGAGGUGUAACUCAGAGAAUGAGGACGAUUCCAUUCCAACAGCAACGAUCAACUGCACCGGCACCUGUGGUUGUUAGACAUGUUUUUACGGCAGGUCAAGGAAUUCCGGUUACCAUGGCAGUACUUCCACAGGCUCCAGCUAUUAGUCCAGAGGUGAUGGAAACUCAAACACCAGUUGGAACUUUAGGUCAAUACAUUCUCGUUCAACGAACCGGCAUACACGAUCCUCUAAACACACCGCGUUCAUCAAGCGCCCCGCCCUCUCAGCAACAGCAGCAGAUCAACAACACAGUAAAUGCAGGUGGAAUUCCUCAUAUUGUUUCAGUUGGGGCGGGGCGUGGUAGACCAGCUAGUGUGGAAGUAGAACAUCCUUCUGCUGCUAUACAAUCUCAACCAUCUAACGAUUUUAUUGUACAGUGUCCGAAUCCGGGAAUACAGGCAGUUACGAGGCGGCAAAGGUUACCUCCAGGUGUCGUUUAUGGUGAUGUAAGCGUGGAAUCUCCUAUACAAAACUAUACGAUAAUUGGAGGUGAUGGUAACGUGAUGGUCGAUCACCCCGGCGCGGCGAUGCAGAGUCAACUAGUCCUUCAGCAGCAGCAAAAACAACAACCGAUACCCGCUCCUUCUUCUAUACAAAAAUCAGCUUCGGCUCCGGUAGCGGUCGUCACGAGCGAUUCUUCUUGUUCGUGUAGUCUUAAAGCGAUGGUGAUGUGUAAAAAAUGCGGCGCUUUUUGUCACGACGAUUGCAUAGGACCCAAUAAAUUGUGUCGAACUUGCUUUAUACGGUAGGCUACUAUUUGUCGGGCCAUUUCCUAGAGUUUCUUUAUCAUAUUUGCGCAAGAAAGUUUUUUUAUGUAAUUUAAAAAAAAUAUAUGCGUUUAAUUUCAUAUUUUUAAUCUAUUCUAAAUCUAUAAAAAAUAUGGAGGUACGUUUAUAGAAAAAUAUAAAAAUAGAACAUCUAGUCACCUAAUUUUAACUUCUUAGUCCACUCUGUUUCAUGUAAAUAUUUUUCAAAAUAAAUUUUGAUUUCUUCAAAUUGCAGUUCCAAACUAAAUAACAGUAACACCCCCUUUUCAUAUACAAUGAAUAGUAAUAAAAAUAAGUCAGUUGUAAAUUUCAUUUAUUUAUUUGAAAGUUCUUUAUAUAAUCUUUUUGAUCCGACAAACACCAAGCCAAGACCGUUCAAAAUUAUCAUAGACUCAUCAAUAUUUAGCAUUCUUGUACCAUUGUAGAGAGACGUGAAUGAUCUGUUCAAAGCGUCCAUUAUUGGUCUAAUUUUAUAAAGUUUAUCUUUGUAAACACGGGAUAAAAGCUUUUUAUGUCCCACAUGCAACUUUAUUUUCAUAUUUUUCACUGUAUCAUCACUUUUCAUUUAUUUUGUGCUACUGAUUGACUCUAGGGAAUGGUCUAUUUUAUAAUUUAUUUUUAUUUUGUAAGGAGAUUUACUUGUCGGUAGAUGACAGUUUUGGAAUACUGAUACAUGACUGGAUCUCACGGAAGGAGGUAGAUUUUAACUUGAAAAAAUAAUUUUUCAACCAACAUAAUAAUUACUUAAUACUAAAUAGGUUUUUGCUUAUGCACCUCACUAAACUGCAUUUCAACCUAAAUAAGUUUUGGCCUCUUCUAAAAUCUAAAUUGAUUCAUUUUGUACCAGUUUACUAUGCGUAAUAUUGUCAAAAGCUUGUAUGAAAUCAACAAUAAGAACAUUUAGAUUGCUACAACAUUUUUUAAUCUUACUAGAGAACGUUUACGGUUAAAAUUUUAUAUGCACUGUCCAAUAAUUUUCCAUACAUCUGUAAUAAGUCGACUAACAAUCCCUGUAGUGAGUUGGAAGACUGAUAAAAUUGAUUUCAAAGUUAUAACUUCGAUUAUUUAUUGAUUAAAAUAUAGAUGCAGUAGUGAACAAGUAAAAAUAACUCGAAGAAGUCAUUAUCUCGUUCCACUGGUUCCAUAUUCUAUUGUAGGCUACUUUAAAGAAAAUUCGAUUAUUGAACUAAAACUGGAAUAAAUAGUAAAAUUGGGAGGGUAGGUGACAUGAACAUAACCUCAAAAUGUUUUCAUCCAUCUUUGAACUGACACAUUUUCAUCAUAUUCUAUAACGUUAAAUAUUUUAUUAUGUAAUCAGUUUUACGGGAUAUGAUGUGAUGCUUGUAUUUUUGUCCUUGUUAAUCCAAAUCAAAAUUAUCUUUUAUUUUUGUACUCCACAGUCAGUAGCUUUAGAUUUUACUUACUAAUUUUAUUUUUUUUGUUUUAGAAUAGUAGAAUAUAAAGAAAAUGUUCCAUUUUGUUUUAUUUUGGAGAAGACAUGUUCAUCAUUUUUAAAUUUUGAAACAGAGUACAUUUCAAAACUGGAAUUUUGUAAAAAUUUGUACAUAUACUUAAUUAUUAGUUUAUUUAACAUUUACUGACAAGUAUUUCUCAUUUAUGUACUGUGGUAAUUGAAAAUGCAACAACAAGACUUGGUUAAUAGUGAUUUUAAUAUGUUAAAGGUAAGAUAAGACGUUUAUGGUGGGUUAAAAAUAAAAAUAGUUACUGGGUCAGCCAUCAACGAAAUCGACUUCUCGAUUAUAACACUUUUAAAACCUAUUUAAGGGCCUUGCUUUUGACCAGUAUACCACGAAUAAUGGUACCAUAGUGGUUGUGGUACAUAAUGUUCUUAUUAAAAUUGAAAAAAAAUGUGUUAUUAUCCCAAACAUUGAAAACUGAAAAAUGACAUGUUAAGGUAGUUUCCAAAAGCAAAGGCAACGUAGACUGGUCAAAAGGAAGGCUCUUAAAUAGAUUUUCAAAGUGUUAUAAUUCGACUUCAUUGAUGGUCUAAGGACUAUAACAGAUUUUUUUCUUAUACUGGCUUUUUUCUCCAAAAAUAUUCUUCUAAAAGUGAAGUUAUAUGAAACAUUUGGUUUUAAUUAUGACCUACAACCCAAAAUGCAAUCCUGAUAGAGAAUUUGAGGAACACAUAUAGAAAAUGGAAUAUAGAAACAACGGGAAAAGCAUCCAUUUGUAUUCUAUUAAUGUGUUCAACUUUGAAAGAUUGAAAGGGUGGAAAAUAUUUUUCAUUCUUGCCUGUACAAUAAAAUUGAAGAUAUCAGUGAUUUGGGAAAUUUUAUCCACUGUAACGUGAUAGAAUAGAAAAUUUUUUUCAACCCCUAAUUUAAGUUUUAAGGAUGUGGAUAACAAAAAAAUCUGUUUCUUUUAAUCUACCUUUAGACUAUUUAAGCUUUUACUGAAAUGGAUACGUUGAAUACUCGAUUUACAGGAUUUAUUUUUUUAUUUAUUUUCGUAUUUGGCUAUAUGUAUAUUAGUAGCAUUUCAUUUUAUUUUUAUAUUGUCGCUUAUUAGUCCAUUACUUAUUUAUUUCUUUUUUCUUCUAGUUAGAAGUCUUCCAAGCAUUUUUUACAUUAGAUUCUCGAUAGAAUGUUUUCUUUUUUAAUAUUUUUCUACAAAUGUACUACCUCAGGUAUUUGUCGUAUUCUUUUUCAUUUUUGCUAAAAAGUUUUUACAAAACGUUUAUAGUGCAAUAAAAAUUAUCUGAAAUAAAGACGAAUAUUAUCAAACUUUUUUCUAUGUAUCUUUUUUUCUGUUGAUCAAUUUUAUAUAUGCUUGUGAGCUUUCCUUAGAAAAUCAUUUCUAGAAUAUAGGAUUAAGAUGUGUAUAAUUAUUUUUCAUAUAAAUCUCAUGUAGCCUUAAGGUCUUUUGUGUACAGUUUUUUUACUAUUUAGGUUUAAUAUUUAAGUUUAAACUACUAGUUUUGUGUACAUAAAAGAAUCUUCAUGCAAUGAUUUAAAAAUAGAUAGUACUUGUUAAAUAAUUU